AUGACACGAUCAAAUUGUUCUGGAGGAGUAGAUUCAGGAAUAGAUCUCUUAGAAUCCUUACAGCUUCACAAUACAAGUCGGCAAGGAGUGUCUGCUAUUCCAGGACCGCAAAAAUUACGGCCUGCCUUUUAUUUACAAGGAGACUACAGAGAUCUGAGGCUACCUCAAUCAGUAUUUCAAAAAGCUGUACAGCUUUUAAGACAUAACCCUGAAUUUACGCUUAGCGCAUCUCUUAGGCAAGAAGUAGCUAAUUCUGGAAGUAUAAUUUCAUUUUCUUAUGGUUUUAAUAGGUAUUUGGAACUACAAAGUAGCGGCCGGAAAGAUGAAAUCCGGUUGCACUACACAUCGCAAUUAGACGAUGUGGUUCACGUGGAGGCCUUCCCAUACAGACUGGCUGACAACAGCUGGCACAAGCUGGCGGUCACCGUGAGCGGAUCCCAAGUAGAAUUACUAGUGGAUUGUCAUCCUUUGUACAGAAGACUGUUGCAGAGAAUUCCAGAUACUAAUUUUACUUUGCCUCAGCUCACAUUAUGGGUCGGCCAACGCAACAAUCGACACUCUUUGUUUAAGGGUGUUUUACAAGAUGUAAGACUGAUAUCCGGGCCCCAUGGGUACCUUAAUCAGUGUCCACAAUUGGAUGCAGGUUGUCCUACUUGUGGACAGUUUAUGACUUUGCAACACACUGUCGAACAACUCACUAAAAGUUUGCAUCUAUUAACAGACAUGUUACUGGUUGCAGAAGGUCGUAUUACAAAAUUAGAAGAAUGCGAUUGUCGAAAAUCAUGUACCGUAAAUGGUACAGAAUAUCAAGAUAGUUCUUCUUGGCAGAUAGGCUGUGACAUAUGUAGGUGUAAGAAGGGAGAAGUAAAAUGCCAACCCGUUCAAUGUCCUAAAACGACGUGUAAACAUCCAGUGAUAAAACCUAAAGAAUGCUGCCCUACUUGUUUAAAACAAUGUUAUCACAUGAAGACUUUAUACGAUCAUGGAGAAAGAACUAGUCCGAAGGCAUGUUUCGAAUGCAAGUGUGAAGAUGGAUCCAUGGAGUGCAAGCAAAAAGACCCAAAUUUAAUUUGUCCUCCCCUUCCGUGUCCUUCUAGUCAACAAUUUAGUGUUCCUGGUGAAUGCUGUAAAUUUUGCCCAGGUGUAGACUACUGUGGUAAGGGUCAUGUGUGUCAUGUUAAUGCAACCUGUAUUAAUUUAACAACUACUUAUGCUUGUCAUUGCAAUAAUGGCUAUCAUGGAAAUGGCCACGAGUGUCUUGAUGUAGAUGAAUGCAAAGUAAAAGGGGGGCUGGAAGGGAAUCAUUGUCACAUGAAUACUCGGUGUGUAAAUACUCCCGGCUCAUAUACAUGCGAAUGCCUACCGGGUUAUCGAAGAGUAGAUAAAUUUAACUGUGCCGAACUCAACGAAUGCGUAACGAAUCAGCACAAAUGUGAUCCUCAUGCAGACUGCAUAAAUACCUUAGGAAGUUAUCAUUGCGUAUGUCAAAAUGGUUAUUCCGGAGAUGGAUAUUCGUGCAGUCCCAUUUGUGAGUCACCUUGCUUGAAUGGAGGUAAAUGCGUGAGUCCGGGUGUUUGUUCGUGUAGAAAAGGUUACCAAGGUGCAAAUUGCGAACAGGAUUUAGACGAAUGUGCCAGUAACUUACAUGGGUGUCAUCAUACUUCCAUUUGCGUCAAUAUGCCAGGAUGGUAUUACUGUAGGUGUAAACCGGGUUACAGAAGUAUACUUCACGAGGGCACCCUGGGUACAACUUGUCAAGAUUUAGAUGAAUGUAAAGAAGGUUUGCAUUCGUGUCAUCCGACUGCUAAAUGUGUAAAUAUUGAAGGAGGAUUUGAAUGCACGUGUCCUAGAAUUGAUGAUACGAUAGAAGAAACUUGUUCGUUAAAUUGUAUUUUUGAGGGAUCCGAAAUUGCCAAUAAUGCCAUAUUUAUACCCACUGGUCAGCCUUGUCGUACGUGUAAAUGUACGAAUGGUGUCAUUACUUGUCGUGACACUAACUGUGAUUGCUCAAAACGAGGAUCCUCCAGAGAUAGAUGUUGUCCGCAGUGUGAUCCCAGAGCGGCUUGCACACAUCAAGAACUUCGACACGUGGUAUUCAGCAGCGGUGAAAGAUGGAUAUAUCAAUGUCAAACCUGCGAAUGUUUGUUUGGCGAAAUAGAUUGUUGGUCAUUGGAAUGUCCUCCCGUUUCAUGUUCUUCUCCCGUACUCACUCCAGGAGAUUGUUGUCCAAGAUGCGAAGAUGAUCCUUGCGGUUUAAGUACUUUUGAUAACACUUCCACCAGUCUCGUUACGACAACUCGGGAUGAACCUUGUUUCGUUUCCGGUAGACUUUAUCAAAGCGGAAGUUCUUGGGGAGAUCCGGAAAAUAGAUGCACGACAUGUAGCUGCAAGAAUUUAAUCGUCGAUAACGUUUAA